UAAAAAUCUGGGAUGCAAAGACUGGCGACCUGCUCACAACGAUCGAACACGAUCGUUGGAUUAGGAGCUUAGCCUGGAAUGGAAAGGAAUUUAUUUUGCGGUUCAGAUGGCCCAAUUAGGAUAUUCGACACUGCCACUUGGCAGCAGAUCGCCACUUUGGAGGGUCACCGAAACUGGGUCAACACCAUCACCUUGUCUCAGAACGGCUGGCACCUCCUUGCAAGUGCAUCAAAUGGUGAAACGGCGCGUCUGUGGAGUCUCGACACAAACCUCCAAGUUGGUCCUCCACUCCAGCACAAAGAGAGAGUGCAAUACGCAGCCCUUUCUGCUGAUGGAAAAGUGCUAGUCACUGGGGGUGACAAAGAUGUGUACGCAUGGGACAUUCACGCCAUUCUCAAAAAAGCUGGUCUUGGAAAACUUCUCCUGCAUGAUGCGGUAGCUGGAAAGUCGCCAAUGAACAAAGAUGCCACGCGACGUCCAGCUAUUCCUGCCCAUCGAACACCGCCAAGGUUCUUUGGUGACAUGCAGGGCGACAUUCAUCCCUGCACGUCGCCCGGUGUCGAUCACCCUUCCUCCAAUCGCGUUCUCGCAGCUUCUAUAGGGAGUCUGCGCGCGCUCUUUGCUCGCAUUCCGUCACUCUUCCGUCGCCCUCACUCCCAUACUGGCAAUGCAACCGAACUCCAACAAACACAAAGGCAAGGGAUCUUCUCUCGUCACGGUUCCCGUACCGUCGACGUUGCUGCAGUACAGGACAGAAAGUCCUUGUUUGUCGCUCCCCGGCCAAAACGAGAGCAGCAGCAGAACAGCCAAUCGCAUGGCCAGGGGUCGUCAUCGCAAUCUCAGCCUGCCACUACUUCGACGUCCACAACACAACUUGCCCCAAAUACAAAUAGUGGCACUCAGGCUAACAGACCGGGUGUACCAACCGUACGGUCACGACUCCUCACAUUGUUGGCUCGUCUUGUGCUUUUGAUUUGUUGCGCACCUCUCCCAAACACCGAUGGUCAUUGAUACUGCAGUAUACGAAACCUAUUUUCUUUGUAUCUCUGCUUCUUUCGCUACUCCGUCAAUCCCAUUUUCUUGUUGUGAUUCUCGUGCAGUGCAUCGGACCACGGUACUCCAAGAGGAUGAAAGCCCAGGGGUAUUAUUCUCCGCUCAUUCAGACAUUCAUUAUACUGCACUACAAAACUCAAGUGACUGAUCUUCCAGGCCUAUCUUGAGUAAUCAUAGCUAACC